UGCUGCUUUAGAUAUUAUCAGUCAUAAUAUUACUGAUAAUAAUGGUCUUUUGCAAUUUUUGAAAGAUAAAUAUUUGGCAGAGGAAAGGAAGAAAAUUAGGUCUGGUGUGUUGGGGUAAGUUUUUCUAAUUAAUUUGUGAGUGUGUGUGUUUUUUUUUUAUAUAUAAUUUUUUUAUACAUAUUUUUAAACUUGUAGGCGUGGAGUAUUCUUUUCUGCUUGGAUCAAUGCUACUAUGCGGGAUAAUCCUGUGGGUUUGUGGGAUAUUGAGAGGAAUUUAGCCGAUGCCGAAAAUUACGAAUGCGAUAAUGCUCAAUGGGUACAGGAGUAUUUAUGGUCUUGGGAUGAGCGUCGUUAUAAGUUUCGUUGCUACUGGUGCCCGGAAGAUUUUCUGAUGCCUUCUCUAUGUGAUAAACCGGAAAACGAACUUGUGGAGGGGAUUAUUGGUCUUCUGGGUGUCAAUUUGAGUUCUCGUCCUUUUACAACUUUGCCUGCUUUUCCUCCUAAUAGAGGAUUCCGGCCUAAAAACUCGAUUUUUGAAUUGGUGUUUAUUCAACGCUACAGAAAAGAUUGGGAGGAUCUUGUCCUAUCUUUUUCAGGAUGGGAACUGCGAUGGAAAUUGGAUGCGUCAUCUGUUUGGGUUUCUCAGUGA